CUGCCACACAACUUUCAGUUUCCAAUGCGAAAACGUUGUUGUCUGCUUUCCUCAUGAUGGGCAUCCCAGGCCUGGAAGCCCUUCACCCCUGGAUCUCCAUCCCUUUCUGUGCGCUCUACCUCACUGCUCUCUUGGGAAACUGCGUCAUCCUUUUCAUCAUAAAGAAGACCCAAAGUCUUCACGAACCAAUGUACUACUUCCUCUCCAUGCUGGCGGUCACCGACCUGGGCUUGGUUCUGUGCACUCUGCCGACUACUCUGGGCGUUUUCUGGUUCGAUAUGCGAAGGAUCGGGUUCGAUGCUUGCCUCACUCAGAUGUACUUCAUCCACAUACUGUCCUUCAUCGAGUCCUCUGUGCUCCUGGCGAUGGCAUUUGACCGCUUCAUUGCCAUCUCCCAUCCUCUGAGACACUCAUCCAUACUGACCAAGACUACUGUCGUAAAAAUAGGUCUGGCAAUUAUACUGAGGGGUAUGGUGUCCCUCCUCCCCAUACCCUUCUUGCUCAAGAGGCUGACCUAUUGCAGCAAGACUGAGCUGUCUCACUCUUUCUGCUUCCACCCCGACAUCAUGAACCUGGCGUGUGCAGACAUAAAAGUCAACGUCUUCUACGGUAUGAUUGUUCUCUUAUCGACGGUGGGGAUGGACUUCAUCUUCAUUGUGCUGUCCUACGUCCUGAUCAUUAAAACCGUUAUCGGCCUCGCAACCAAGGAGGAGUGCCUCAAGGCUCUCAACACCUGCGUCUCCCACAUCUGCGCCGUUCUCGUGUUCUUCAUCCCAAUGAUCGGACUGUCCAUGACCCAUCGCUUCGCGAAGAACGUCCCUCCUCUGGUUAACACCUUGGUGGCCUACACCUACCUCAUAAUUCCUCCCGCUCUCAACCCAGUUAUCUACAGCAUCAAAUCCAGCCACAUCCGCGAGGCUUUGCUCAGGGCGCUGCGGAGGAAGAGCGAAUCCGAAUGGUAG